GUGCACCGUCUCCAUGGAGAGAGGCGCGACCCGCCGCGCGCACGCGCUAUGGAGCCCAGAGCCGGCUGCGCCGCGGGGUGCGGCCCGGGCUACGGGCAGAGAGACUCCCCCGGGGGUGCUCUGAGAAGCCAUGUGGGUCCUAGAUGCCACGGGAAGAGGCCACCGUUCAGGGUCCAGGGUGAUGAACCCCUGCCUGAGGUGCCCGUGGAGAGGCUCCCCUGCGGCGGUGAUUCGCUGACAACCACCACCAAGAGGCUCCAGCAGAUGUCGGAUGUAGCCAAGCCUCCCCAGGAGACGGCAGACACAGAUGAGCUGCCUACUGUGGCCCUACCAGUCGUGCCCAGCAGGGUGCCGUCCCCAGAGACUGGGCAGGAUCCCUCCGGGAUCAAGUUGUCUCCCUGGCUUGGAAAGUGGGGGACUAGCCCCGAGGAGGAGUCCCUCACCACAGUGCUGGCGCUGCCCCCCACCCCACCCACACCAGCAGAGAAGCCCAGCCAGCCGGUGCCCAAGAGGAGCUGUGUGACCCGUGACUGGCCGAAGGAGGUACCCGUAAAUCCCCUGGACUCUCGACCAGGGAAGGAUUUGGGCAGUGAGGACUUCCAGCGUGGCUACCAUGGACUGCCGAUCCACCAGUUUCUCUCCUCGCUCACUGACAGCUCCCCUCCAAAGGACUGCCCACCUCUCAGGGCUGUGCUACUGGGGCAAGGGCAGCGGAAGGCCACACUGGCAUCCAUGCUCUACGAGAAAUACAGUAAGGAGAUGGAGGAAGAGAUCCAUCCCUACCCGAGGUGCAUGGAAUCUAUCUCCACCACGCACCACGAUUACCGUGCCAUGGGUUUCCAGUCCACCCCUCAGCCCAUCACCCAGCCUCACAACUACUUAACGGAGCAGCCAACCAGCUUCUGGCUGCAGCAAGCCCACGGACUGCCGUCCCCAGGCACAGGUGUGUUCCAGUAAGAGGCGGCAGUGGAGCGGCCAGAGCAUGAGCUCAGAGGAACGCACUGCAGCCCUCACGCCAAAGCAAACCCACAGCAGCCCUGCCUUCCCAGCACCACCCAAGCCCUCAACAGCCACUGCUGCGAUCACCCAGCACUGGCUGCCCAUGCCCACACUCCUGCCCUAUACUGCAGACAGACCCCCGGGAUACGAUGUCUUGGGAUGUUUCAGGCAGCUGUCACCAGCCCAGGCUGAGUUCCAUAUUGGUGUUCCCCCGGCCUCCCUCCCCUCUUGGCAUGCUGGGGCAGAGCGAAGUAGAGGCCACAGGACAGAUGGAUCUGGGGAAGUUUGUAUUUCAACAAAAUAGUUGCAGGGAGUCCUAUAUUUACACCUGGAGGAGGGAUGGGUAUUUACAUGACCCAGUGGGGUUAUAUACAGGGGAAGGGGAGACUGGGGAGGGGGGGAGCUGCGGCAUUGAAGCCUGACCUGGCCAAGGAGUCAGUCUUGGCAGGAAUCCCCAUUUCCCCCCGCCCCAGGGAUGGGUUGACAUGGGCACAACUUCUGCUGGGGACCAGGUACUGAAAAGAGACGGCAAAGUGCCCUGCGGGGCAGCCAGGCCCCGGAGAAGCUCAGAGCCAGCUGAGCCACAGGAGAGAGGGCAGGGGUUGCAGACCUCAGAGGGUGGGGGGAAUAAAAGGUCUCUUGGGCUGGAUGAGGGCUGGUUACCCCCCUCCAGCAGAGGCUGUGGGGAAGGUGGGCUUUGCUGGUGCUGAUGGCGGGGAGCAGACAGUGCUGUGGCCGCUGCCCCACCUUGCCCAGGCCCUGCUGAAGCAGGGGGGCUGCAGAGUCAGGUGGAUGCAGUGAUGCAGGGGUGCUGUGCAUCCAGGGGUACCAGAAAACGCUGGUGGCCCCAUUGAGCUGGGGGCUCUGC